AGCAGAGAAUGUCAAAAAUACCAGUUGUAUGCCGAACAAAGGAUGACCUUAUUCGCCAGGCAUGGAAUUCCAUAAAAUCAAAUUCCGUGAAUGACAUCAUAGUACUUGAGACGGAAGUACAAAUUCAUGGUACGUUUGGAUACAGAGAUGACUCUAGAAAGAUUAAGGAAUUCAGAGAAUACACGCCUCUCGUUAUUGCCUGCAUGAAUGGUGAAUUGGAGUUAGCUCAAAGGCUCAUUGAAGCAGGGGCGGAUAUUAAUUUACGCUCACGUGAAUUGAAACGUGAAGAAGCAGAGCCGCCCUUGUAUUAUGCACUAGCAGCGAGAGAUGCAGACAUAGUAAAGUUAUUAUUAGAUUCAGGUGUUGACGUUAACGGAUAUAUAGGCCACAGACAGUUCAUCGAUCUCCAAAAGCCAGCGAACGAGAGCUACAGCAUUUUUCCACCAAUGAAUAAUUCUUCUCCAUUUUCUUCAUUUUUUGAGAAAUCGCCUUGUAUGAGAAAAAUCCUAGAACUUUAUUUAUCAGCAGGAGUGAAAUUAAAUACAACAUUUUGGGGUCCAUGUCUGUUUUACGGGAGAGGAAAAGUCUAUGAGACCGGUCUUCCAACUAGCAUGUGUAUUCCAGGACCGUAUUUUAUUUGUGAUACAGCUAUAAUGCUUCUUCAACAUGGCAUCGAUCCAGACCUGUAUAAGCUCAGUGAUGUUUUGCAGCAGUUUUCCGAGCAUCAUACUCGCCAAGAUUGUGUAAAUUUAAAUACCCUCCUACAAACUUUUGUUGGGGCUGGUUACCACUUCACACAAGACGAUAAAAACUGCAAAGAUAACACGAGAGAACUAAGAAGAAAUGGUAUAAGUAUGGAGGAACCACUUAGUUUAAAACAAGCUUGUCGUUUGAUGAUAAGGAAGCAUUUGCGAAUACUUAGUAAAGAUACAUCAAUAUUUCCUUUUGUAGACAAGCUACCGAUACCAAAUUUAUUAAAGGAAUACCUAAAGUUGUGGAAUAUCUAUAACUUGAAAAAUGUUGUAACAAACUGUAGAUCUUUGUAUGUUUUUAUGAGUCCUUGUCGUUUAUACUAGCGGAAAAAAGAAAC